GAGGAGGAAGAAGGGAGCGGGGUCGGAGCCGUCGGGGCCAAAGGAGCCGGGGCCAGGAACAGGCAGUCUGAGCCCAACUGUGGACGCUCCCUCCACCCCCGCGCAAAAAGACCCAACCGGAGUUGAGGCGCUGCCCCUGGAGGCCCCACCUUACGCUUGGCGGGGGCCGGAGCCAGGCUCCCAGGACUGCUCCAGGACCGAGGGAAGCUCGGGCCCCUCCAAGCUAGCCAUGGUGAGGCGUCGGAGGCCCCGGGGCCCCACCCCCCCGGCCUGACCACACUGCCCUGGGUGCCCUCCUCCAGAAGCCCGAGAUGCGGGGGGCUGGGAGGCGACACUCCUGGCUCCCCAGAGAGGCGUGGGUCUGGGGCUGAGGGCCAGGGCCCGGAUGCCCAGGUUCCGAGACUAGGGCCUCGGCAGCCAGCGGGGGUGGGGACCACCGGCACCCAGAGAAGGUCCUCCACACAUCCCAACGCCGGCUCCCGGCCAUGGAGCCCUUGAAGAGCCUCUUCCUCAAGAGCCCUCUAGGGUCAUGGAAUGGCAGUGGCAGCGGGGGUGGUGGGGGCAGUGGAGGAGGCCGGCCUGAGGGAUCUCCAAAGGCAGCAGGUUAUGCCAACCCGGUGUGGACGGCCCUGUUCGACUACGAGCCCAGUGGGCAGGACGAGCUGGCCCUGAGGAAGGGUGACCGUGUGGAGGUGCUGUCCCGGGACGCAGCCAUCUCAGGAGACGAGGGCUGGUGGGCAGGCCAGGUGGGUGGCCAGGUGGGCAUCUUCCCGUCCAACUAUGUGUCUCGGGGUGGCGGCCCGCCCCCCUGCGAGGUGGCCAGCUUCCAGGAGCUGCGGCUGGAGGAGGUGAUCGGCAUUGGAGGCUUCGGCAAGGUGUACCGGGGCAGCUGGCGAGGUGAGCUGGUGGCUGUGAAGGCAGCUCGCCAGGACCCCGAUGAGGACAUCAGUGUGACAGCUGAGAGCGUUCGCCAGGAGGCCCGGCUCUUCGCCAUGCUAGCACACCCCAACAUCAUUGCCCUCAAGGCUGUGUGCUUGGAGGAGCCCAACCUGUGCCUGGUGAUGGAGUAUGCAGCUGGUGGACCCCUCAGCCGAGCUCUGGCAGGGCGGCGCGUGCCUCCCCAUGUGCUGGUUAACUGGGCUGUGCAGAUUGCCCGUGGGAUGCACUACCUGCACUGCGAGGCCCUGGUGCCCGUCAUCCACCGCGACCUCAAGUCCAACAACAUUUUGCUGCUGCAGCCCAUUGAGGGUGACGACAUGGAGCACAAGACCCUGAAGAUCACCGACUUUGGCCUGGCCCGAGAGUGGCACAAAACCACACAAAUGAGUGCCGCGGGCACCUACGCCUGGAUGGCUCCUGAGGUUAUCAAGGCCUCCACCUUCUCUAAGGGCAGUGACGUCUGGAGUUUUGGGGUGCUGCUGUGGGAACUGUUGACCGGGGAGGUGCCGUACCGUGGCAUUGACUGCCUUGCUGUGGCCUAUGGCGUAGCUGUUAACAAGCUCACACUGCCCAUCCCAUCCACCUGCCCCGAGCCCUUCGCACAGCUUAUGGCAGACUGCUGGGCGCAGGACCCUCACCGCAGGCCCGACUUCGCCUCCAUCCUGCAGCAGUUGGAGGCGCUGGAGGCACAGGUCCUACGGGAAAUGCCGCGGGACUCCUUCCAUUCCAUGCAGGAAGGCUGGAAGCGCGAGAUCCAAGGUCUCUUCGACGAGCUGCGAGCCAAGGAAAAGGAACUACUGAGCCGCGAGGAGGAGCUGACGCGAGCAGCGCGCGAGCAGAGGUCACAGGCGGAGCAGUUGCGGCGGCGCGAGCACCUGCUGGCCCAGUGGGAGCUAGAGGUGUUCGAGCGCGAGCUGACGCUGCUGCUGCAGCAGGUGGACCGCGAGCGACCGCACGUGCGCCGCCGCCGCGGCACAUUCAAGCGCAGCAAGCUCCGGGCGCGCGACGGCGGCGAGCGCAUCAGCAUGCCACUCGACUUCAAGCACCGCAUCACCGUGCAGGCCUCACCCGGCCUUGACCGGAGGAGAAACGUCUUCGAGGUUGGGCCUGGGGAUUCGCCCACCUUCCCCCGGUUCCGGGCCAUCCAGUUGGAGCCUGCAGAGCCAGGCCAGGCAUGGGGCCGCCAGUCCCCCCGACGUCUGGAGGACUCAAGCAAUGGAGAGCGGCGAGCAUGCUGGGCUUGGGGUCCCAGUUCCCCCAAGCCUGGGGAAGCCCAGAAUGGGAGGAGAAGGUCCCGCAUGGACGAAGCCACAUGGUACCUGGAUUCAGAUGACUCAUCCCCCUUAGGAUCUCCUUCCACACCCCCAGCACUCAAUGGUAACCCCCUACGGCCUAGCCUGGAGCCUGAGGAGCCCAAGAGGCCUCUCCCCGCAGAGCGCGGUAGCAGCUCUGGGACGCCCAAGCUGAUCCAGCGCGCGCUACUGCGUGGCACUGCCCUGCUUGCCUCCCUGGGCCUCGGCCGCGACCUGCAGCCACCGGGAGGCCAAGGACGUGAGCGCGGGGAUCCCCCCACAACACCCCCAACGCCAAUGCCCGCGCCCUGCCCGACCGAGCCGCCCCCUUCCCCACUCAUCCGCUUCUCGCCCAAGACGCCUGACUCCCCACCCACUCCUGCACCCCUGUUGCUGGACCUGGGUAUCCCUGCAGGCCAGCGGUCAGCCAAGAGCCCCCGACGUGAGGAGCCGCCCCGCGGAGGCACUGUCUCACCCCCACUGGGGACAUCACGCUCUGCUCCUGGCACCCCAGGCACCCCACGUUCACCACCCCUGGGCCUCAUCAGCCGACCUCGGCCCUCACCCCUUCGCAGCCGCAUUGAUCCCUGGAGCUUUGUGUCGGCUGGGCCACGGCCUUCUCCCCUGCCUUCACCACAGCCUGCACCCCGCCGGGCACCCUGGACCUUGUUCCCAGACUCAGACCCCUUCUGGGACUCCCCACCUGCCAACCCCUUCCGGGGAGGCCCCCAGGACUGCAGGGCACAGACCAAAGACAUGGGUGCCCAGGCCCCUUGGGUGCCGGAGACGGGGCCUUGAGUGGGCCAGGCCACUCCCCCGAGCUCCAGCUGCCUUAGAGGAGUCACAGUAUACACUGGAACAGGAGCUGGGCCAGCCUCUGCAGCUGCCUCAGUUUCCCCAGGGACCCCACCCCCGCUUUGGGGGUCAGGAACACUACACUGCACAGGAAGCCUUCACACUGGAUGGGGGGCCUGCGCCCCCAUACCUGAAACCUCCCAGCUCACCUGCCCUACUGGGGCCCGACACUGUACCCAGCUGGUUGGGAGGACCAGAGCCUGUCUCAGGGAAUUGCCCGCAGGGGUGAUGCAGGGAGGAGGGGAGGUGCAGGGAAGAGGGGCCGGCCUCAGCUGUCACCAGCACUUUUGACCAAGUCCUGCUACUGCGGCCCCUGCCCUAGGGCUUAGAGCAUGGACCUCCUGCCCUGGGGGUCAUCUGGGGCCAGGGCUCUCUGGGUGCCUUCCUGCUGCCCCAGCCAGGGUUGGAGUAUUAGCCUUGGGAUCCAAUGAAGCCAGAAGCCAAAUAAACUCAAAAGCUGUCUCCCCA